AUGGACCUUCCGCUUCUCAGAAACUGUCUCCAUUUUUCCAGAAGAAACAAAAAAUACCUUCUCCUGUUUGCCUUCUUCGGUGCCUCCGGUUAUGGCGCCUACAGGGCCUACAAUUCACCCUAUGUCGUUCACAAACGGCACCGUAUUGCCAAGCUCCUCAGAACCUUCGUUUCCGUCGCCGAGUUAAUUUCAGAUUCUGCAGAUUCCAUUACUGUUAUCUCUAACGACUUGCACCGAUUCCUCGCUUCCGAUUCUGAUGAAAUCCCCAACAGUUUGAAGCAGUUAGCUAAAAUCGCGAAAUCGAAGGAAUUCUCAUCGUCGCUUGCUAGGGUUUCCGAGGCUGUGACGCUUGGGAUUCUGUUAGGGUAUAAUUCACGGGCGGGUAACCAUAAUAACGGUGUUAGUCCCUCGGAAAUCACCUCGGAAGCUUCUGGAUUCUCGGAUAGGUUGUUAGAGAAGCUUUUCUCGAAGGCUGGGACGGGUUUUGUGUCCGUUGUGGUUGGGAGCUUUGCGAGGAACUUGGUUUCGGGUUUCUUCGGCGCUGAAUCGAUGGGUGAGAGGUCCCAAUCGGAGGUUCCUAGAUGGGUGAAUGUGAUUUGUGAUGAGAGGUGUGGGAAGCUUAUUGGGGAUUGUGUGCAGAUUUUUGUGAGCACUGCGGUUGCUGUUUUUCUUGAUAAGACGAUGGAUGUCAAUACUUACGAUGAAGUGUUUGCCGGGUUGUCGAAUCCCAACCAUCAGGAGAAGGUGAAGGGGAUUUUGGUUUCCAUGUGUAAUGGUGCUGUUGAGACUUUUGUCAGAACUUCGCACCAGGUUUUGACAAACCGGAGUGCGAGAUCCAAUUCGGGUUUAUCUAUGUCUCCUGUUGUUGUUCCGGCUAGUGAAGAUGGGUGCCUGAAACAGGAGGUUUUUCUGCAGCAGGUCAGGAUUGGAAGCUCGGUUGGCGGGGUUCAGGAUGUGGGGUGGCUUGAACAGAUUAAGUCAACGCUGGCGGUGCCAGCAAACCGAAGGUUUGUGUUUGAUGUCACGGGGAGAGUAACGCUGGAAACGGUGAGGUCAUUUGUGGUGUUUCUGAUGUGGAGAAUAUCAGAUGGAUUCAAAAGUAGUGUUAGUAAGCUUCAUGAUGAGGUAGUGAACAAAGCACUAGAAGUGGUUAGAUAUAUUGGAGCUAAGUCAUCGGUUAUUUUUACCUUGUGUCUUGCUUUGUAUUUGCAUAUUGUGGGUGGUAGUAGGAUUGUUUUGCCUGCGUAG